AUGCACGUGGGAGCGUCCCUCUUUGUCCCCAGAAGAAGUGUCCCCCAGGAGAACGGUAUCCAAAUAAAUGUGCCAAAUCGUGAGCGAAGACUUUCGCCACUUCAUCAGGCAAUUGUUAAUGAGGAUGUUGAAAUGGUCUAUUUUCUGUGCAAAAAAGGAGCCGAUGUGCAUCAACGAUGCUACGGAUCAUUCUUCUGCGCUGACGAUCAAAAAGCGUCUCGUACGGACUCUCUUGAACAUGAAUGGGUUGAUCUGGUGCAAAACACACGGUAUACCGGGCAGAUGUAUUGGGGAGAGCUGCCACUAUCAUUUGCCGCCUGCACUAAUAACCAGGUACGAUAG